AUGGCAAGCUCAAGGGAUAUUCCGUCCUCGGGGCGCGGCAUCGGAGACAUUGCGUCCUCGUUUGCUUCCUCGUUCAGGGCUGCCUCGCCCUUGGCACAAGAAAUCGUGGCCAGGGAUAUUGCAGAGUGCUCCGAGGACGAGGACGUUGACGAUACAUCCAAUUUCUUGGAAUCGGACGCUGAGUCCGUAGACGGCGGCCAUGGUCCCACGUUAUACCGCCAACCCGCGGGCAUCGAGGUCGCGUUUGGCUACCGGAGACCCAGUCUGCUGCUGGAGCCGGCAGAGGAGCCGACCCGACCGGUCGUCACCAGGGCGGAAAAGAAGCAGUCUCGAGAUGCCGAGCGCAGCCUUCUGAGGGAUAAUCACAUCCUACCCCCUAAGCACGGCGUGGAGGAGCAACCCGGGCUGCUCACCAAGGUGUACAAGCGUCUGUUCAGCACCAAGGUCCGGAAGACGCCCGAUGACGAGGAAGUGCCCAGGAUAGCGAUCAACCCGUCUGAGACGGCUCCGCUGCUCCCUGGCCGGUCGGCAGACGGGUCGGGUCAGGAGGAAGAGAACCUCAACGAGCAGUGGGAGGCGGCCGUAGCCUCUGGCAAGAUCCAGACGACGUGGCAGAGGGAGGCGCAGACGAUCGGCAAGUACUCGCGGUCGCUGAUUGUCACUUUUCUGUUGCAGUAUAGCAUCAACAUUGCCAGCGUGUUCGCCGUUGGCCAUAUCGGCAAGAUUGAGCUGGGAGCCGUAAGCUUGGCUGCCAUGACGGCGAAUAUAACAUGUUACGCACCUUUCCAGGGCCUAGCAACCAGUCUUGAUACGUUGUGUUCGCAGGCUUAUGGGUCCGGCCACAAGCACCUGGUUGGCGUCUACGUGCAACGAAUGAUAUAUUUCCUAGGUAGCCUGAUGAUACCAGUCGCGCUCCUAUGGGUCUUUGCUGCCGAUAUCUUAGCUCGUCUCGUACCAGAGCCCGAGUCGGCUGAGUUGGCCGGUCUCUACCUGAAAAUCAUUAUCAUCGGGAUCCCCGGGUUUGUCGCCCUCGAGUGCGGAAAGCGAUUUGUCAACUCUCAGGGUCUGUUCCACGCCACGACAUACGUCUUGCUUAUCGCUGCUCCUUUCAAUGCGUUUAUUAGCUGGCUAUUUGUUUGGCACUUCGGGUGGGGCUUUGUAGGUGCCCCUGUGGCUGUAGCCGUCACGCAGAACCUGAUGCCAGUGUUGCUGUUUCUGUAUGUUGUGUUUGUAGAUGGGUCUCAGUGCUGGAAUGGCUUCAGCAAGAAGGCCUUCACGAACUGGGGCCCAAUGGUUAAGCUGGCACUUCCGGGGAUGAUCAUGGUCGUAGCUGAAUGGCUGGCGUUCGAGGUUCUGACUCUGGCCAGCAGUCAAUUCGGCACAUCUUACCUGGCAGCCCAGAGUAUCCUGAUGACCCUGACCUCGACAACCUUCCAGCUUCCCUUCCCGAUCUCCAUUGCCGCUUCCACUCGAAUUGCCAACCUCAUUGGCGCGAAGCUGAGCAGUGCGGCAAAGACUUCGGCCAAAGUUGCGGUGUGCAGCGCCGCCCUCGUCGCUGUGUUUAAUGUCAUCAUUCUCUCCAGUCUGCGGUACGAGUUGCCGAAGCUCUUGACCACGGACGAGGAGGUCAUCGAGUUUGUGGCCCAGAUCAUGCCGCUGGUCGCUGUGAUGCAGAUCUUUGACAGCAUGGCCUGCAUGGCGCAUGGUCUGCUCAGGGGUAUUGGAAAGCAGCAUUUCGGCGGAUACGCAAACUUGUUGACGUACUACCUUGUGGCAUUGCCGAUAUCGUUCGGUGUUGGUUUCGGCCUCGACUGGAAAUUGGAAGGCCUGUGGUCUGGGGUCACAUUAGGUCUGUUCUUGGUUGCGGCCGUGGAAUACUGGUAUAUAUACAAGAGUGACUGGGAAGAGUCUGUUAGGGAGGCUGAGCACCGCAACGCUUCUGGAUAG